UUCGGGGCGGCUCGGGGGUCCGGCUCCUGCUGGAAGAGGGUUCGCAAAGAGGUAGGGGCUGGCGGGUGGAAAGAAGGCUGCGUGGGCACGGUUGCAAUGCCUCGCAUCUGUUUUUGGUCCUCCAUUGUGACAAAGCUGAAUUUGGUGAUCUUGCUGCUUUUUAUAACAAGUUUCUCUUCAUGCUUGAAUGACAGAGUUGCAGAAUUUGCUUUGACAAAAAAAGAAGAGGGUGAUUUAAAAGAGCAAAAUAAGGAAGAAUUGGAGGUGAUCGAGGAGGAAGAAGAGGUUCUUGAUUCUGAAGACUUGGAAGUGUUUUAUCCAACAAAUCAGUGGCAGACUGUCCGGCCAGGUCAAGCUAUUCCUGCAGGAUUACAUGUACAAUUAAAUCUUCAGACUGGAGAAAAAUUAGCCAAACUUCCAGAUGACUACAAAGAAAAAAGUGACACAAAAGACUCUCCAACAAGUAAAAGGCUAGGCCAAAUAGAUAUUGACCCAAAUUCAUUCACAACGCAAGAACUCAAAAGGGCCUUGGCUAAAAUGAAAGAAACCACGAAGGCGGAUGAUACGCCAGAAGAAAAGGCUCACCGGGAAGACAUCCGACGUAGAUUCCGUCCCAUCGAAAAGCUAAAGGAAGAAUUCAGAGAGCUCAAUCUGCAGCUGGAAACCGACCUUGAAAUUAUGCUUAAAUUAAUCAACAAAUUCAACAAUUCAGCUUCGACGCUUGAGGAGAAAAUCACAGCACUUUCCGAUCUUGAGUACUAUGUCCAUCAGGUGGAUAAUGCUAAAGAUUUGCUUUCCCUUGGUGGUCUGCAACUUUUGAUUAAUGGACUAAACAGCAGUGAACCACUGAUGAAGGAAUAUGCCUCUUUUGUAUUGGGAGCUGCACUGUCCAGCAACCCCAGAGUGCAAGUUGCAGCAAUUCAAGGAGGUGCUUUACAAAAAUUGCUGGUUAUUUUGGCCACAGAUCAGUCCUCGGCAGUAAAGAAAAAGGCUCUUUUUGCUUUGUCAUCGAUGCUGCGACACUUUCCUUAUGCCCAGCAACAAUUUCUAAAACUUGGAGGCCUACAAGUACUCAGGAAUCUUUGCACAGAGAAAGGAAUGGAGAUACUGUACAUCCGCACUGUGACCCUUCUCUACGACUUAGUAGUAGAAAAGCAAUUGAUCAAGAACAGUGACGAUAAGGAUGAAGCUCAUGAGAAAACUCAGCAAUACAGUCAGGUGAACUUGAUGCCUGCCAUUGUGGAACAAGGCUGGUGCACAAUCAUUUCGAACCUCCUGAAGACGCCAGAGCACGACAGCCGGGAGAAGGUGCUCAAGACGGUGCACGUCCUGCUCGCCUUCUGUAAGGAUGCUUACGCCGGGGAUCCUACGCUCAACCACGUCCUCAGCCUCCUGCGCCAGGAAUACGAAGAGCUGGCCGAGGAAGAGCAAAAGGAAGGGGACGAAGAUGGCUACUUUAAGGAACUCCUGCACUCUAUAAAUAGCAUUGCCCAACAAUUAAAGUAAAGGGGACGUGUGUCGAAGAACCUUUGUGGGGUUUGGGAAGAGUGGUGAUGAAUAAAUCUAUUCUAAUAA